AUGGCCUCCUCUAAUGCUAUGUUGCUUUCGCUUGUCCUUGUGUUUGUCUUCAUCGGUCCCUCUUUGGCAAGGCCUUAUUACCAUGGCUACAGAACCGUUGAGCUGAGGACGAUAUGCGAUGGCACCAUAAAUCCUCAAUAUUGCUGGGAUAAUUUGAGUCCUGGUUAUGGCACCGGUACCACAGAAGAUUGUUAUCGCGUUGCCGAUGGGUCCAUUGACGUGGCCUAUAACAGCGCUAGAGAGAUUCAUGACUUACUCGGUAACAUGGUCGAGAGCACGAAUGAUCCUCAACUAAGAACACUUUACAGGUCAUGUGCCGCAAGAUAUAACACAGCCAUCCGCGACCUCGAACAUGCAAAGAAAUACUUGUUCUCUGGCGACUAUCAGCGUGUGGCGUACGAAGCAACACAUGCCUUGCAGGAUGUCAGUGAAUGCAAAGAGAGAUUUCCAGGAUAUUCAUAUGGCGGUGGCUUUCCAGGUUAUUUAUUGGACUCAUCAAGACUCGCGGAAAGGAUGCAGGAUUUUGAAGUUCGAUGCAGCAUUCUGAGCAAUGUCGCAAAUUAUUUUCUAACAAACUAUUAG